AUGUCGUUCGCCAGAAAGUUCAUUGGAGGCCUAAUUAAUGUCAUCGGCAACAUCGAUCCAGCCCAGUUUAUUCCCUCUGAACCUCCUGCACCUCGCAGACCUCUUGCAUAUGCAGAACAGCAUGAAAGCGAUGAAGAGAAACAGUUCCGCAGAGUCUUCCAGCAACUCGCCGGAGAUGACAUGGAAGUUAGCCCAACUGAACUCAUGAACAUUCUAAACAAAAUCAUUGGAAAGCAUGGUGAUCUGAAGACAGACGGUUUCACUAUUGAGUCUUGUAGAAGCAUGGUGGCAGUCAUGGACAGUGAUAGCACUGGAAAACUUGGCUUCCAUGAGUUCAAAUACCUCUGGAAUAACAUAAAGAAAUGGCAGGGAGUGUACAAGUCCUAUGAUGCUGAUGGAUCUGGUGUUAUUGGGGCAGAUGAGCUGCCCAAUGCUUUCAGAGCUGCUGGGUUUCCUCUCAGCGAACAGCUGUUCCAGAUGAUAAUUCGCAGAUAUAGUGAUGAGAAUGGCAAUAUGGAUUUUGACAACUACAUUGGCUGUCUCGUAAGGCUGGAUGCCAUGUGUCGGGCCUUUAAAACGCUGGAUAAGGACAACAAUGGCACUAUCAAAGUCAACGUUCAGGAGUGGCUUCAGUUGACCAUGUAUUCUUGA